CUUUCUUCAUUCGUGAUGCAUUCUGACAACACUGUAACGGUAUUUUAGGAAUGCCAGGAAGGCAAUGUUGCGGCUCUUACAGGUGACUUGAUGAUGCUGCGAAGAUAUGAAACCCAUGUCCGCCUAGAAAAUAGCCCGAAGCCAACCACACAAAACAAAUCCACUUGCACAGCGCUGAGAUAAUAUUGACAUUGCAAGGAGAUUCGUUUCGGGAAAUAUGGUAUGUUUUAUAUUGCACUGUCCGCUCACGGCUGAGUAAAGGAGAAAUAAUGAUGGAUACCUUCUAUCUCAGGCACCGCCUUGCACUGUGCAGAUAUCUUGCUCUGCGCCAGAUGAGACUCAAAUGGCGCUUCGAGCUGGGUUUACGGAUGACCUUGGUAUCAAUAUCCUCACGCUUCAAGGCCAGCACAUUCUCGAUUGCUUCCCCGUAAUUCGAGGAUCGCAGAGGGCUUUUCGACUUACAAACGGUGGAGUGUUGAAAGUUCGUGAUUACGUUCGUCUGCACUUCUGGCGUGAUGGUGCCAGCCGUAGCGAGGAGGAAGAGUUUUACAUCCCACUGAACGGGAACCCCAAUAUUCAAGAUAUCCCAAACACGCAUGUGAUAUUGGGUCCGGAUUGCUUCCUUAAGCUCGAGGAUUUUACCGAUAGUCAUUCGUCUCUAGCCCCUAUACAGCUAGGCCGGCAAACUAAGGAGCAAAAGGAAAAUCAGCAAAGGGCCCUCAAAGCCAAGAGGGACCAAGCUCAGGAAACUGCGAAUAAGAGAUUUGAACUACAAAAGCAGCGCCGUCAGCAGCGUGCAGGCGCAACCGGUCGGACUUAGCCAGCUCAUGAAUCUAUAUUGAUUAAAGAUUG